CAGUCUUAAUGAUUUCUAUUGCCAGUGUGAUGAAGACUGCAUUCACUUUGAAGAUUGCUGCGCCGAUUUCAACGCACAAUGCACACAGAACUUCAGCAGUCUAAAUGGCAGUAGUCUAAAUGGGGCACAGUUGAAGGGAGAGCGUUCAAGAUACACAUGCGUAAAGAUAAGCAACACAAAUAUGGUCUACAUGGCUUCAACUUGCCGCCCUGAAUAUGUGGGUUCUGUCUUGGAAAGCAUGUGCAAAGAUGGAGAGAAGGUACUAGAUAUGGUACCUGUCACAGAUCAGGAAACUAAUGAGACCUUCAAGAACAUUCACUGUGCUAGGUGUAACAAUGUGAAAGCUUUCACUCACUGGGAAAUAGAACUAGUAUGCUCUGACUAUGUGAUGGGUGAAAAUGAUUUUCUUAAUCCUGGAACAACAACAUUGUUGAAGUUACUAAAUUCUACACUCUGUGAGCACCACUAUAUCCCGCCAGUAAGUACAGCUUCCCUUAGAUCUUGUUUACCGACUCUGGAUACAUGUCCCAAAGGAACAAAUGAAACUAUCGCAAACAUGUGUGCGUAUUCUGGCUUGUACCCUUUGGUUUAUCAAAGUUUGAGUGCAUAUGUAUACAAGAACUUCUACUGUUGGAUGUGCUCUACUUCUCCUGUCCUAGAUGAUACUGGCAAGCUGGUUUUACCUUACUGCAAAAUACAAAUAAUCCAGAUCAAUUCUGAAGACCAAAGGGGAAAGUUGACUGUGUUUUCAUUCAGUGUUCUAUUGGAUGUGACAUCAGAAAAUGACCUCCAUAUGAAUACAAAACCAGGAAAGGGAAUUAGUGGAAUGAACUUUGGCGUAAGUUGUGACACAAAUGGGGCCUGCACGACUCUUAAUUGCCCAGAAGGCUAUGUUUAUGUUGAGAAAGAAUGUGUACUGGACAGGUUCAUUGUGCCAACAGUCUUAAACUGUUUCUGUAAAGUAGAAAACACUAAGAACAUUGAAAUCAGCAUUAAGAAAGUUUUUGCACCAAUGGGCUACAUUUCCAGUUUUGAAAACGAUCUUUCUUUUAAAUUCAUUUUCAAUACACUUUUUCCAAGGAAUUUCACACAAGGUAUGAUACAGGAGGCAAUGGAUGGGUACACGGCAACACUCAUAAGCAUCAUAUCAUUUCCUGUUACUGUCACAUUUGAUUUCUCCAUAAAAUCUUUACAUGAUAUAGCUUCUGACGAAAAUUCAGUUAAUCAUGUUUCAUCCCAUGGAAAUUAUAAUAAAUUUUCCAUGGUGCAACUAAUUAUGACAUACACUGCAUUAAUGAUGGUAUAAUUGCAAUAAUAAAGACUUCAAGUGCAUUUUGUCUAACGGUGCAACUAAUUGAAUAAUUAAUCCACUACUGUUAUAAUAAGUGGAAGUGUACAAUACUAUCUCAUUACAAAUACAUGUUACAUGUUUGUUAUCUAGGCCCGUUGCCAGGGGAGUCAAAAUCAUG